GUCGGUAUCAUGGCAACAUCUAAGUCUUCCUGACGAAGUACUUUGACGUCUCCGUUUGUUAUUUCAUCUUGCGAUGGCGGUCUCUCUCCUCUCACUCUCAAGUACUGCUCCUGUAGGCGUUUUGAAGCAGCUUUUUUUUCUUUCACUUUGCAAUGCUCAAUAUUGGUGGGAACCUUUUGUCGUCCAUGAUUCCCAUCCUACUUCAUGUACCUGGUAUCCAUUGGUCUCCAUCGGUUACUGUUCAGACCGACAUCUCAACAUUUUCUGCUCUGUUCUACGUGUAAUUUGCAGUAUAUAUGUCAGUUCUUCUUGGAAUACUAUCGUGUGCAUAACGACUGUUGCAAUUGCAAUUUAUGAAUUCUUCGUUCUGCCUGCUCGGCUGGUGCCGUCAAGACGCGUUAUGGGUCCAGACGCGCACCCUCACAGUACUUUUGCAGUACUUUCUACCACGUCGCGUUUGUAUCCCUCUACCAUCUUUCCUCAGGCUGUGCCUGUCUCUUCUUUCCUUUCGGACCUGCUUUAAACGGAUUCCAACUUUUGAUAGUACCAAUAACCCGCUAUGGAUGAUCAUGAACAAAGCUACGAAACUGGUCCGAUCUUCGACGCUCUUGAUAUCGACUUAGUGGUCAAAGUACUGUCUCACACUGCGUUCAGUCCUUUCUUUACCUUCUUCAUUCCAGUCUUCUACUAUUUCCAAGGAGCUCGCUGGCCGGACUCCGUCAUAGUGCUAUCUGCUGGUUUUUGUGCUGCCACCUCCCUUUUCUGGUUCGUGAAAUGGUAUUCGAGGUUGUUUCGCAACCAAGGUAGCUUGUUGUUUGGUCCAGGGCCAUUUGAUUGGGGAGAGCAGAUUGUGGUCAUCACUGGAGGUUCAUCUGGCAUUGGUGAACUUAUCGCGAAUACCCUCGCUGUCCGAAACGUGACUGUCGUCGUGCUGGAUGUCAACCCCAUAGUCACAGAGAAUUAUAAUAUCACUUACUACAAAUGCGAUGUAUCCCAGUGGGAGGAGGUUGAAGCCAUCUCCAAACAGAUUGUUGAGGAGCUCGGGCAUCCUACUGUCCUCAUCAACAAUGCGGGGGUUGUCCAGGGCAAGCUUCUCUUGGACCUCACACCUGAGGAUAUUCAACAGACUCUUUCCGUCAAUACGCUUGCGCACUUCUGGACUCUCAAAGCUUUCCUCCCCGAGAUGAUAAAGAACAAGACUGGUCACAUUAUCAACAUGUCCUCUGUGGCUGGCAUGGUUGGAAUGGCUAAAAUGAUUGACUACAAUGCUUCCAAGGCGGCACUGAUCUCCCUCCAUGAAUCCCUGCGUUACGAACUCGAUCAUCAAUACAACGCGCCUGGCGUCCGCACAACCUUGCUUAUCGCUGGCCAUAUCCUCACACCUCUUUUCUCCACUGUCCGGCUUUCACAAUCCAGGUUGUACAAGUUCUUCGUACCUAGUCUGGCUCCGAUCACGAUAGCGAAGGCAGUCAUAGCCGCUUUGGACGAACAACAUUCCAGGGUAAUUUACUUGCCUUUCUACGCUCACUUCGUUCCCUACUUGUGGGUUAUGCCAAGCUUUAUCAGGGAUUUUGCACAAUGGUUAUCAGGAUGUGAUUACGCGAUGGACGACUUCGUCAAGGUUUCAGGUAGGCGACCUGAAGAAGGUCCUGUGCCCGAGAUUCGCAAUGAUACUAAGAAUGACUAGUGUGAUGAUUCGGAGCAGUUGUCCAGCACGUCCUCGCUCGCUUGGUUGCUUACUAUGUGAUUUAUCGGCCGCUGAGCGCAUACUACGCUUUGGGGCAUCCCGUUAGGAUGGCGGUCGGUAUACUCCAAUAACGUUAUUGACGUCAU